GUCACGUGGAAUAGCUCUAAACCCGUAUUUCUGUAAUUAUUUGUGUUCUCAAUGGCUGACACUAGGUUAAAAAGCUACAAAAACAAAGGUCUAGACGUUGAAGAAAUGCGAAGAAGACGAGAAGACGAGGGUUUGCAGAUAAGGAAGUCGAAGAGAGAUGAACAAGUAACUAAACGUAGGAACAUUGGCUUAGCGGAGAUUGAUGGUGACGGCGUGGUCCCUGUAGAGAAUCAACAACCAGAACUUGAGUUGCGCAGUAUUCCGGACAUGGUUCAAGCUAUGUAUUCUACUGAUAUUUCAUCACAGCAUGCUGGUUGUUUGGCAUUGAGAAGAGCUCUCUCAAAAGCUGGAGACCCGCCAAUUGAGGAAACCAUUUCAACGGGUGUUGUUCCUCGUCUUGUUGAGUUUGUUCAUUCACACGAGAAUACAAGAAUUCAAUUGGAGGCAGCGUGGUCUCUUACUAAUAUUGCGUCUGGAUCAUCCCUGCAGACCAGGGUCAUCGUAGAAGCAGGAGCUGUGCCUACAUUUAUUCAUGCUUUGUCAAGAGGAGAGGAUGAUGUCAUGGAACAGGUGAUUUGGGGUUUAGGCAACAUUGCUGGUGACAGUCCUGAUUGUCGGGAUUAUGUGAUUCAGAACAAAGCUCUGUCUCCAUUACUAGAUGUUGUGAAGCAGUCUGAGAGGGUAUCAAUGAGAAGAAAUGCUGUCUGGGCCAUAUCAAAUCUUUGCCGAGGGAAAAACCCAAAUCCAGACUUUGCAAAGGUAAAAAUGUGCAUUCCAGUGUUUGCACAACUUCUUUACUGUGAAGAUGAUGAAAUAGUACGUGAUGUUUGUUGGACAUUCUCAUUUUUGUCAGAUGGUGACAACUACAAAAUUCAGCAUGUUAUUGAUGCAGGAAUAAGCAGGCGACUUUUGGAACUACUUCUACAUAAAAAUGAUACCAUUGUUAGCCCAGCACUAAGAACUGUUGGAAAUAUUGUGACUGGAGAUGAUGUACAAACACAGGUCAUAGUAAACUGUGGUUUGCUCCCAUGUUUAAUAGACAUAUGUUCACAUGAGAAAUCUAGCAUUCGUAAGGAGGUGUUCUGGACAAUUUCGAACAUCACAGCUGGUAAUAGAGCUCAGAUCCAGGCGGUGAUUGAUUCCAAUGUCAUGCCUGUAGUGCUUGAGAAACUCAGUGGUGACGAAUUCAAGGUGAAGAAAGAGGCUCUCUGGGUAGUAGCCAACGCUACCAGUGGAGGGACGCCAGUGCAAAUAAAGUAUUUAGUUGAUAUUGGUUGUAUCAAGCCAGUCUGUGAUAUGCUCACAGUUCAAGACGUACCAGUGUCUGAAAUCGCACUAGACACUCUUGGCUCAAUUUUGAAAAUUGGUCAAGAAGCAAGCAAACGCAAUGAUGGCAUUAACCAAUAUGCAACUUUAAUUGAGGAGGCAGAUGGAAUGGACAAACUGGAAUUCCUACAGUCUCACGAAAACGAGCAGUUACACAGAAAGGCGUACGGGCUUAUAGAGAAGUACUUUCAGGAUGAAGAAGACAAGGACAAUGAAGAUCUGAUGCCUCAAGCUCAAGGUGGGCAAUUUCAGUUCAAAACUGACAAUAAUGCACCACAUGAUGGCUUCAGGUUUUCGUAACUUGUUUGUGAUAAAUAUUUCAAAAAUGAACAGAAUAAAUGGAAAUCUUGCUGAGGACUGUGAAGUAGUCGAACUGUCAGCUCUUUUAUUUUAUGAGUAGCUUGCCUUUGCUAGGAAUACUGACCUUGUGAUUUGUUAAAUAAUAGUACUUGUUGUGUGCAUUA